AUGGGUCAUCUGAAUGAUGCUGUUCAAAACAUCAUCAGAAGUGCCAGGGAAGCUACCGAUGGACUACGUUUCGGUAACCAACCCAGCACAGGAUUGGACCGCGAUAAUGGGGCCACAUCGAUUAUAAACCCUGAGGCGCAUGGAGAUGCCACGCAAAUCAAUGGAUCAGUAUACACAAGUAAUACCAGCAACACCCAACGGAUUUUCAACCGGAAUAUCAUCACAUACAAGCCUAAAAAGAUCGGGAGUAGCAUCCAGGUCAAUGUAAGAGUUGCCGUCAGGAAGAGGAAGAGGAAAAGACAGAAAAAGAAAGGUCAUAUCUAG